GAAUCACUGUAGCGUUUCUGAAAUUUUAUGAACUGAAAUUUCGCAUUAGAUUCUUAAGUCAUGUAUGAGUCAUACAUUUGGAAAACUGUUAUUUUCCGAAGGCAGUCAUAAGAAUAAUUUGCUAUUCAGGCACUGGUUUACAAAUACGUGCAUAUUUGUUCUGUACUUCUGUGAUUUACUGUGAGUAAUGGGAAGGCACUGGAUAGGUUUCCAGUGUCUGUUUGACAAAAAUGCUGAUCAAAUACUAGUUGAAUUGAACAAGACACUUUUAAACAAAUACUGAUUUGAUUUUACCAUCCACUCAAAAAAUAAACUGUGAGGAAAAGUUAAACUGAAAUUGAGAACUCUUUAUUCUGCCUGUAUGGCAUUAGUCAUUCCUCAUUUGUUAGCAAAUCAGCAAACAAGCUUACCGGAAAGAAAAAAAAAAGCUGAACAGAAGAACAACAGAGCUUACAUGUAUUGGGCAGACUGAAGGGUAAAAUCAGGUCUCUAACACAUUUGUUUUGUAAAUAGGUCAGCUUUAUGCAGCCGGAAUUAAAACAGAAAAUGGUACGAAAGGGAGGAGAAGACUACCCUGAUGUUUCACAUUAGAGCACGUACUGUUUUUGAUUUAAUUUUCAUUAAAUCAAGUGGGAAAAAAUCAUUUCAAAACCAUGCAAUGUGAAUUAAUGGAAGGAAAGAGAAGGGAGCAAAGAUAUGAAAGGAUUCAUUAUUCAAGGCUACAACACGACUGUGUAAUCAGUAAAACAAACAAAAACAUUGUGAGGUUUAAAUAUUUACAUCUUCUGCUAAGAAGUACAAGAAGUUACAACCAAAAAUACAACGGGACAACUCUUGUAAGUGCAGCGUAAUGAUAUUUGGUAAUCACUAAGUAAAUUGUUUAGGUUGAUUCCUUCAUGAAUGUAGAUCUCUGUGAUAAUUUUAUGUAAGGCAAAAACCACACUGAAAAUUCAUAAUGAUCCUCCUUUUUUUCGGACCCAAUUAGCCAACUAUCUACAGCAAUUAAGCUUUGUUCUUGUUAUAUAAGAUAUUGGUAACAUUACCAAAAUUAUUGUAUUAUACAUUGAAAUUAUUUCAUCGCAGCCAUUGUCACGUUUUAAUCCUAAAAUGUUAAGAACUUUUUCUCAAAAUUAACUAAUAUAGCUCUAUGUCAGACUUGACUGUUGUCAUCUCUUCUGAAUCCUGAAAUUCUUAUCCAGGGAUGCUAGACAAACUUUACCAUGUUCCAUGAUGAAGUAUUCCCUUGAGAGAGUUUCAGAUCUACAUGGACUGUUUUUAGCGACAAAGGAGAAGAGUAUGCUCUUUACUCUGUGUAGAACAGGGGAUACCUGAGUUGGAUUCUGUAGUGCACAUAUUCUGUCCCAAACACCAUGUACCUAUCUGCCCUGGAGGGGACAUCUGUGAUUUAACCUGACCCAGUUUCUGGCAGAGUACAAGCACAAACUCGGAGCCAGUCACCAUCCCUGGAGACAGCAUUUUUAUCUGCAAACGUUCUUUCCCAAUUUGUGGUGUUUGGAAAGGAAAGCUGUUUGACCCAGGGAUGGCAGGUCUACCUCCCAGCAGGGCAGCUUUGAUCCAAGUCAUUCAUACAGAUUUCCUAAAUUAGAGGGCAGAGAAGAUUCACUGCCUGUAAGGGAGACCAUGGGCGGUUUCUCCAUAUAUUCCACUGCCUGACAUGGCCUUAUAACUCUCUCUGCCUGAGUUUUGUCAUCUGCCAAAUAGGAAGAAUGAUGUCGAAUGCCUUUGAAAAGUAUGUUCUGCCUUGUGGAAGGAAGGUACUAUACAACCAUGAAAUAUUCUUAAUAUUUAACUUUAGGUUAUGGAUAUGUGUUUGCAUGUAAUUAGGUAGUUACCUCUGCUUUUCCCUAUGCAAGUUAAGUAACUACUCUGUCUGCCCCCACCCAAGAACCAUGUGUGCAUUUGCUUAUGCUUCUGUUACAGCUUCUGCACACCUUGUUUCUCCUUUCUGCCUCCUUUAAGACCCAGCUGGAACAGAGAUAAAGCAGAUAAGUGGAAAGCAAGUUCUGCAAAUGGGAGGAGUAAGAGAUGCGUGCAAAUUCUGGGAAUCCACCUCAUCCCCUACUCCACCUCUUCCCGCUACCUCACCGUGCCCGCCCCCAUCUCCAACUGCUCCCUUAAACCUCUGCUGCCCUGCUCUGGGGCCAAAUCUGGCAGCCCAUAAAGGUGCUGCCUCGGCUGCUGGGGAGAACACUUUCAGCUGCUGACAGAACAGAAGGCACCCAGUGAGAUGGGGCCGAAGCUGGGCAGAUGGGUGCCUCUGGGGCAUCUCCUCUCCCUGCUCUUCUCCACCAGCAUGGCGUACAUUGCUACCAGAGAAAACUGCUGCAUAUUAGAUGAGCGAUUUGGUAGCUACUGCCCCACAACUUGUGGCAUUGCAGAUUUCUUUAACAAAUACCGUCUCACUACGGAUGGUGAACUGCUAGAAAUUGAGACACUUCUGCAGCAAGCUGCUAACUCCACAGGCUCAAUAGAAUAUUUGAUUCAACACAUCAAAACCAUCUAUCCUUCAGAGAAGCAGACACUACCACAAUCAAUUGAGAGUUUGACUCAAAAGUCCAAGAAAAUAAUCGAAGAAAUUAUCAGAUAUGAAAACACUAUUUUGGCUCAUGAGAAUACUAUACAACAGUUGACAGAUAUGCAUAUAAUGAACAGCAACAAGAUCACACAGCUGAAACAAAAGAUUUCUCAACUCGAGUCACACUGCCAGGAACCAUGCAGAGAUACUGCUGAAAUACAGGAGACAACUGGAAGAGAUUGUCAAGAUAUUGCAAAUAAAGGUGCCAGAAAAAGUGGUCUUUACUUCAUCAAGCCUCAAAAAGCUAAGCAGUCUUUCCUAGUCUACUGUGAGAUUGACACGUAUGGCAACGGCUGGACAGUAUUACAGAGGAGAUUGGAUGGGAGUGAGGACUUCCGGAGAAAUUGGGUUCAAUACAAGGAAGGCUUUGGACAUCUGUCUCCAGAUGACACCACAGAAUUUUGGCUGGGCAACGAAAAGAUUCAUUUAAUAACUACGCAGUCCACUCUGCCAUAUGCUUUGCGAAUAGAACUGGAGGACUGGUCUGGCAAAAAAGGCACUGCUGACUAUGCGGUAUUCAAAGUGGGAACUGAAGAAGACAAGUACAGACUGACCUAUGCGUACUUUAUUGGUGGCGAGGCUGGAGAUGCCUUUGACGGCUUUAAUUUUGGAGAUGAUCCAAGUGACAAAUCCUUUACCUACCAUAAUGGCAUGCGCUUCAGCACCUACGAUAAUGACAAUGACAACUUUGAGGGCAACUGUGCUGAGCAAGAUGGAUCUGGAUGGUGGAUGAAUAGAUGCCAUGCUGGUCACCUCAAUGGACAGUAUUAUAUAGGUGGUGUGUACUCAUCUAGAGGUGGUUCAGAUUCAUAUGACAAUGGCAUUAUAUGGGCAACAUGGCGUGACCGAUGGUACUCCAUGAAGAAAACUACAAUGAAAAUCAUCCCAUUCAACAGACUCUCAAUAGAUGGACAGCAGUACUCAGGCGGCACCAAGCAGGUUGGAGACUCAUAAAGGGACAAUUUAAUAAAGACUGACCUGAAUGGAGAAAAUAAAUCUUUUAUUUGUGCGACACUGUACUUAUCUCACCUUCCACAGUUUGGACAUCAGCGUUGUGAAAUGCCACUGCCUAUAAAAUGCGCAAUGGUUUUCUUUGAGCACUGCUUACCUCCUUACAUGGUUAUUUUUUCUGUACACAUUCCCAAUAAAUUUUUGAUUAUUACAAAAAAGCUGAGCUUGCUAUUUGUGUUCUACUAUUGGCCAAACACAACGCAGUAAGCACU